GCCAGCCGCUGAGCCCCCUUGGCGGGGCUCGGGCUUUCAGCACCGCGGAGAGCUCCCCGCGGCGGGCCGGCCGGCCCCGGGCAUGGCCAGCGCGCAGCAAGGCGAGAAGCAGCUUUUCGAGAAGUUCUGGAGAGGGACCUUCCAGGCCGUGGCCACGCCGAGACCCGGGAGCGUCAUCGCCGCCAGCAUCGCCGCCCGCAAGCCGCCGCCGAGCACUGAGACGCCGAGCUGCCUGUCAUGCCCAACGGAGGAGAGACGCUUGGAAAAGCCGCAUGGAAACACAGCUCAGGAGGCCUCCAGCACCAAUGGCUGUGUGAAAGGAAAGGACAGCAGACAGUACGCCCACCACAGAUCCCGCAGCCCCUCACACGAUGAGGAGUACACGCCACCACCCCCAUCCCGGGGGAAGAAAAAGAAAAAGAAAUCUACACGUAAGAAGAGGAGGAGGUCUCCAUCGUAUAGCCCCUCGCCUGUGAAGAAGAAGAAGAAGAAGAAGAAAAGCUCAAAGAAACGAAAAAGAAACAGGUUAUCUUCAAAGAAGAGAAGACACAGCUCCUCAAGCCCAAAAAGUAAAAGAAAGGAAGAAAGAAAACACAAAAAACACUUCAGCUUCCAUCCGCUGGAUCUCGGGCCGCCUUUGUCUGCUCGAUUAAUGAACAGCUUUCUUUCCACUCUCAAAAGCUCUCGUAGCCGGCCACGAAAAUCCCACCGCCACCGCCAUCGCCAGUACCACUCUCGCUCGGAGAGCUCCGAUUCCCUCUCCUCUAGCUGCCAAAGCAGGCACAGAGGCAGGUCUCGGGAGGAAGGCCAUAAAGCAAGACGAAGACGCUCCCAUCACUGUUCAAAGAGCACUGAGAAGCGAAGCAUCUCUGCAGAGGGUCAGGCCAGCCAUUCCCCCAGCCAAACCCUUCAGAUCUACAGCUUCCUCUCGGCUAAGGAAGUAAUCUCUCAGUCGGGGUCAUCUGCUGACCUCUUUACCAAAACAGACAGCCCGCUUGGCAACCUAGCCAGUCGGAAUGGAGGGGCCCAUGAAUCUGACUCAGGAAACGAUACUUCCUCCCCUCCCUCCACUCAGAAAAGCUCAGCCAGGCCAAAGGACAGCCAGGAGAAAAGAAGCCUAGCCCACAAUGGCUUUGGCCGUGCCUUCUCACCUGGGAAGCCCAAAUUGGCCAACAGCGAUAACAGCUCUGAUUCAGGAAAUUCCUUCACCAGUUGUUUUUCCCAGAGCAAGGGAACAACUUUGGAAAAUCUCUCUCCAGAUGACAAGGGACAGGAUCAAAGAGGAUUCCUGUCCCCGUGUCUCGCCUGCUUGGAGGUGAAGAAGCAGAGCCCCCUACAUUUCCCGGACCGCAGCUCCCCACUGAGACCGUGCUCCCGCAGCGUGUCGUACACCAGCACAGGGAGGUCCUCCCGUGGCUCCAGUCGCUCUGCCCACUCCCGCUCGUUGCGUCACAAGGCCACGCCCAGGUACUCCCGAAGCAGAUCCUGCUCCUCAGGGAAAAGGUCCUAUUCACGUUCCCCCAGCUACUCAUCCAAGUCCUGCAAAAGAAGCCCUGGAAGCAGGAACUCCAGACUGCGUCGGAGCCCCAGUUAUUCCCGCUACAGCCCUGGCAGGGACCGCGCGAGAGAGCACAAGUACAGCUCCAGCGAGAAGGAGUCCCAGCGGGACAGGCGGCGGCGGAGGUCCUACUCGCCCAUGAGGAAACGCAGGAGAGAUUCUCCCAGCCACCUGGAAGCUCGCCGCAUCACGAGUGCCCGGAAACGCCCCAUCCCGUACUACAGGCCCAGCCCUUCCUCCUCCAGCAGCCUCAGCAGCUGUUCCUCCUGGUACAGCAGUGUUAGCCGCUCUCCUGGCCGCAGCUACUCCAGCUACAAGACCAGCCGGAGCAGAAGCUGGAGCAGCAGCAGUGACAGGAGCCGGAGCCGGAGCCGGAGUUCGGGCCCAAGGAGCAGCCGCAGCAGGAGCAAGAGUUACGGCUCUGCGGACAGCUAUGACAGCCUGCGGCGCUAGGGCAUCCCCCUCCCUGCUGCGUGUGUCGGGGUCGUCUCUUUCAAUUCCUCUCUCCUCCAGCCUCCCUGGUGAUAGCUUAUUAUUUCAUGUUUCUGUUGUGGCAUCCACCAGCCCCCCCUGUUGUGCCGGGCGCUGCACCCGCAGAGGCAGACGUGGGCCUGGCUGCUCCAGAGAACACGUGGGCAGAGAGGGAGGAUCUGUGCUUUGCAGAGGCUGUGUUGAUUAUAAACCAGCCUCCCCCACCCAUUCCUGGCCUAUCUCCAGGGAAGCAUUUGCCUGCGGCUAAUCCAGGGCGGGAGUUUAGCUUCUUGCUUUUCCCUGGCCAGCAGAUAGCAAGCACCAAUUGGCUGGUGGGGAGAGAGGAGGGAGAGAAAUAAUUUAAAAGAAACUCUCUUCAAGGCUUUUGGGCCGGGCAGAAAGAGUCCGGGUCUGGCCCUGCUUCUGUUGAGGUCAGUGGCAACGCUUCCCUUGACUCCAGCCUGCAGCCCCCCAAGCACUGCGAUGUGGCCUCUCCCCUACAAAGGGAAAAAAACCAGAGGCUUCUGCAGUAUCAAUUCACCUUCAUUGGAGGUGGCUUUCCCACUGUGCCCCUCCCGCGGGGAGGAAUAUUCAGUCGCCAUGGGUCAGCCAAUUCCUGCUGCGAAUGUGAAGGAAGAAAUUCUCCCGGGGAGUGGAUUGUUCGGAAGGGGCCAUUCCCUCGCCCCUCCUCUCCCCUCCCUUUUUAUAGCACGAGUUUGCUUCUCUUCCCCCCAGCAAUAUGAUCUGCUGGUGAUCGAGCUGGUGAGGCCUUAUGCGGAAGUGGGAACAAUCAAGGGCUGGGUGCUGGGAGGCCAGGCCAACAAUCGGGAAAUGCGAGGGAGCAAAGUCCCUUGAGAAGCGUCAGGCAGCGCGUCUCCUGUGAGCCCUCAGCCCCAGAGCUCUCCAGGGCUCCCACUUUGGUGGCUGUUUUUCUCACAGGAGCUCUGUGCUGUGCAAAGGAAUCCCCGGCAGGGAGGUGGGAGUGAGGUUCCGGGUCCUUUUGGGUACCGGGUCACAUGGGCAUGGGAAAUUCCAAUGAAGCAUAUUCGUACGUAGCCCUCAGGCAGGGGUGAAAGUAACUUAAACUCUUAAAGGACUUACCGGUAUGCCGGAGUCCUGAGCAGGGGGCGGGGCCUCAACUGGAAGAGGCGGGGCCUUUAAAUCCACGGGCCCUUUAAAUUGAGGUUUAAAGGGUCCGGGGCUCCGGCUGCGGUAGCCCUGGGCCCUUUAAAUCACCGCCAUAGCAGUGGCUGCAGCGGUGGCCGGGAGCCCCGGGGCUCGGAUGGCAAUUUAAAGUGCCUGGGGCUUCCAACCGCCGCUACCCAGCAGAGUCCCGGGCCCUUUAAAUCGCAGCCUGAGCCCCGGGGCUCCAGCAGCAGGGCUCCAGCGGCGGUUGAAAGGGCCCAGGGCUCUGGCUGCUGCUGGGAGCCUGAGGCCCUUUAAAUGGCCUGCCUGGGGAAGCUCCCCCUGCCGGUACGGUCAGCUGUGUACCAGCUCUUGCUGGUAUGCCGUGCCGUGCCGUACCGUACCGGCUUACUUUCACCUCUGCCCCCAGGAGCUCCAGUCAUGGGCCCCAUUGUGCCUGGUGCUGUACAAACACAGGAGGAAGGUCUCUGUCUGAAAGAGCUUAUAGUUUGUGACCUCAACUCCUCCAGCCUUCCCUGCGCCCCCAAAGGUCAGCUCCCAUGUAAUACAAUGCCUGGCCCAGAGCUGCUCAAACCACCAACACAAAGCAGUGACUGACAGCCCCCUGUCCCACAGGUGGCUGGUGUUGGCGCGGCAGCCCUAGGGCAGGAGAGGGGUGGCUUGUGGGAUGGGGCAGGAGAGCACUGCUGCUGGGCCUUCGUUCCCCCCCCCACACACACACACGUGCUUUAACACAGCCAGCUGCCAGGGGGAACCCCUCUUCACAAAGCAGAGAGCGCAGGGUUAAAAACGGCCCAGCGACUGGGAACAAAAUAACUAAUCAAUCCCCAACUGUCACCCAGGAGACAGCUGAGAAGAGUGGCUGCCCUGCUCCUAAAUUCCUUACUCUGCGCACCAGAGCCCGACCCUUGUUGGAAAUUCCUCUGAGAGAUGUAGAGUGACAGGCACAGCGACCCAUAGCUGAACAUGCUGGCAUCCCGGCCCUCCCUCCCCAGAUGCAUACCCCAAACAUUGUAAGCAGGGGCACCAGGCCUCUAGGAAAGAAUUAGCAGCCCCCGCACUUUUACCCACAUGCAAGGCAACGGAACGUUUUCUAGGCCAUGCGUUCGACGCCGCUCUAAGGAAUUUGGUUUCAGUUCCAAGCAGAGGGUUACAACUUGCGCCCGGGGCUGGCUGGGGGAGAAUGCAUCCAAAGUAACCUUUCCCUGCCCUUUGCAGCCGUGCAGGAGGUAAUGCAGAGCUGCUACACCUCCCCCCAUCCUCCACGGAGAUCUCUGAAGCAGCUGCUGCAUGGAGCACUUUACUUUCUGGUCUAGUCAGACAAAUACUCAGGUGGAGAGGGGGGCGAGCCCAAGGAGGAAGAAGCAGGAUCUAGGAAAGAGGGUGUACCCAUCAAUUGCCCAUUUCCUGACCAGCCCCGGGCACUUUUUUGGGAGGGCAGCGGUCGUCCUUCCAGACUCUGUGCCAGGCCUGCCUUUGUUUUCUCGUUGCAAUGAUUGCCAGCCCAGCCGCUGUGCAAUUCCUGUGAUUCGCUGCCUAACAAAGGCCUCUCGCAGGUGCAGGCUCAAUUGGCAUUGGAGAGUUUCUUUUUCUUGCAGCAGCUGGGUGCUUAGAGCAGCUAAUUUGGGAUUAAGACGUUUGUUCCCCCCCUUCCCUCCCCUCUCCCCACGCCACACAACUACUGUCCCAGUUAGUCCUAAUGACACAAGGACGUACGGCCUCAAGUGUUCUGAGGGGCUGAGCAGAAAGUUGAUCUGCCCCAUUGCGGAGGAGACGGAAGACUGUACGUGUAAAGAGACGCACAGCCACCGGUUCAAGAGCUACCUGCACCCCUGAAUCAUGGAGUCAUAAAGUGAACAGGCAAAGAAGUAACCUGAAUGGGAGGUUUUUGCGUGCAGUAAAUAGGGAGAGAGAGAUGUGGCUCAACAGCCUUGUGCCCCUCACGGCUAUUAGCCGCUGUUCUUUCCAGUGGUCCAUAUUUCCAGUAAUAUGCAGCCGUUGGGUGAGGGGAGGGAAUUGCAUAUCUCCUUUUCUAGACGUUACACAGUCCCUCUGCCUUCAAUGUUUUGCACCAAAAUCUAACUUGGAAGGAAUGAAGACCCUUGCUCCCCAUGCCCAGCACGCUCUCCCAGUCUGAUACUCAAGCACAUCACACCUUUGUUUGAGCAGUAGGAUGCAGCUGCAGUUAUUGGAGGCCUAGAACAUUUGACCGAGGUCUAACUCCACCACUGUUGCAAGAAUAAACCCUGCAUGCGUUGAAUACCCAACCAGGUCUGGUGCAAUUAGGUCAGGCAGUUCAAAGGAGGUGCAGAAAAGGGGUUUUGUAAAACUGGUGUAAAUAGUAAAACAUUGUGUUGACUUGACUUCCUUACUGAUGGGGAUCUACGAACAAAGCUCCAUGUCCUGCACUCAGUCCAUGUGGAUGGGAGUAGCCUCCAUGGACCAACGGUAAAGAGAUGGCUCUUAGGAGCACGCUGAGCCUGCAGUGUCCUUCGCGUGGGCCUGCUGAUCCACUCAACAAGGACUGCCUCUCAUCAUACUAUCCCAUGGCAGCUAAAACUCCUUAGGUUUCCCAAUCAGACUUGUAUUGGAGUAAACCUGUUAAAUUAUUUAUUAUUAUUAUUGUGAUUAUUAUUCUAUUUUUAAUUCUAUGUCAGACUGGAUGCAAUUGGUCACCGUUAACAGUAUUUAUUUAUUAUAUUUUUGGAAUGAUAAGUUAUUUUUGGAUUUGUUUGUUUGUUUCAAUAUCUCCAUGUCCCCUUGCAAGCGCAAAGGAUAGCCUCAGAACUCUAUGAUUGCUUUGCGUUCAGGCCCAGUAUUGACGUAUGUGACUGUAGCUCGUGUUAAAGUGGGUGGUAAGGCAAAGCGGAAUAAAGUCCACUUUAUUGUGAUAGAAGGAUGGGGGUGAAAGGUUAACGGGCAUCAGAAGGACACUCUGUGUAGUCUUUUCCCAUUGAAAAUUAGGAUUCAUCACAAACUCUUUAUCCACCCUUCUCUGUGCUGGAGUACAAUGGACAUGAAUGAUGAUGGGCACAUGAAUGGUGAUGGAUUCUAUUUAUGCACCACAAGUCUGUGAUCUCACAGAGGAUAUGGCAAGAAUCCUGCUGGUUAAAUGGGAGAGGGGAGGGAAAUUUGCAAUCCUGCAAAGGGAUAUCACAGAACAGCUCUUUGCUAGAAGCAUAGGUGCCAGUUGGCUGAAAGGCAUAUUUCCCUCCUCUCCUUGACUCAGAGCACAAAAUGUAACCUGGCUUCUCUGAAGAAGAAACUCUGGUUCCCUCUGUGGUUGCCAGCCAUAGGACUUUUGUAUGUUGUUUGUUACCAAGGGAUGAUGUAGCUGUGGUAGAUAAAAAAAACAACAGUAUGGAAGAACCAGCAGUCCUGAAGAUGUUUCCAAAACCGAUCUCCAAGUGACAAAGCCCAGCCAAGUUAUGGGGUAGGUUGGUUUUUUUCACUUAUUGGUGGAGCUAUUUUAAUUUAACUUGAUGAAAUUUCCAGUACAGGCCAAAAGGCAGCCCUAAUUAUUGAUUGACAUUUGGGAUUUCUGCAGGUUUUCAAAAACCCCUCCAGCUUUUCUGUCAUUUGUGCCUUUUGCCAGAUGCUUUUUUUUUAAUGUUGUGUUGCUUGUUUGUUGCUUUUGAAGACUUUUUGCACCCUGACAUCUCCGAUUUCUGCCAAGGCGCUGCAAAAAAGCAUCCUUCGGUUAGUGGAAACGCAACUCGGUUGUACAUGGAUCGUGGCUAAUUUGAGGCUAGCCAGCUACUCCCGAGGGUGAGGGAUUCUUGAGGACGUUUGGAACUCUUCAGAUAGUUCUACAGGUUUCAUGAAAUAGUUAAACCUCCCUUCCUCUCUCUUGUUCCCAUAUCCCAAUGAAGUUUGAAAUGCUCCUACGUUCCUGAACCCAUGGACCCCACGAGGUUGUCAUUUGUAAAAUGAAGUGUUCUAAAUCAUGUUGCUCUGGGUUCUGUUAUUCCUAACUGUUCAUUGUGCUCUUUUAAUCGCUAAUAUCCCCCCCAAAAAAAAACAAACAAACAAACUGGAGUCCUCGUUGUCUUUCUGUCCUGACUCUCCAGAUCCUAUUUACGCCUCAGUACAGAACUCAGCUCUUCAGCUUCUGCGCUGAAGAGCAAGGAGUUGGAGCAGUGUUAAAGCUGCUCUCAGUGGGCUACCCACCUCAGGUCUUUUGCUUUACACUGGUUGUGAUGGUUUAAAUUUAUUUUAUUUGCAAGUUAUACCAAACUAUUGUCUGCAAGCAGCCGAUCAAUGUUAUUUUGCUAUGCAUUGUACAUAUAGUGAAGAGGCUAAGAGGACUUAGCCUGUUAUUUAAUAUUUAUUUCUUCUAUUUAUUGAGCAUUAUUUAAAGAUGAUAUUUGGGACCUGCCAUUGGGGGCCUCACAGACUGGAGCCUGUAAAUUUGGGGUGUUGCCAUCUCCAUUGGGUGUGGGGGCAUUGUAAAAGAGGUGACUGAUGAAACCAUCGAAUGAAAUGGACUCUGUCAAAAUGGAGGCUUCAGACAGACAAAUUGGGUUCAGAUUGAGCUAGAAUGCCAGUAACUCAUAGGGAAGCCUCAUUUAGAUGGAAACGAAUAGCAGAGGGGAAAAUUAAUGAAUAAUUUAAUUUCUGUUAAAGUCACAGCUCCUUGAAAAGGUAUUUUAGGUAUCUGGAAGCAACUGUUUAGCCUGUAAUUUGAGGCACUAAUAGGAAGAUUAGACUGGCUCUUCUCCCUCCAUGUUUUAAUAGAGCUUCCUAGAUUGUUGAAUAGCCCCUGUAUCUAUCUGGACACUUCUACGGCCAACUUCACGUGAGCAUCUGAGCACCUCCCAGCCAUUCACGGAUUUUAUCCUCAGGAGGGAAGCAGUAUCACUGUUUUACAGGUGGGGACCUGAGCACAGGGUAGGUUAAGUGACUUCCUCAAGGUCACCCAGGGCGUUAAUGGAACCCAGCUGUCCCGAUCCCAGUCCAAAGCACUGUCUAUUAGAGCGCCCUUCCUCUUAUUGUUCCCUGCUUUGACUCUCCCCACAUGCUCCAUAUUGGAGCUGCUAACUUUCCAUAUUGGGGAGCGGGGUGGGAAUCCUUUGCGGCCUUGACUGCAGUGGGUUUUUUAGCCAGCUGUGCAGCUGCACUCCUGCAAACCUCUAGUGUAGUCCAUGUAAACCAUGACGUGCCUCAGAGCAGCUUAUCCUGGUUUGAAACCAUGGGACAUGCUAAACAGUGUGGCCCAGCUCUUUGGUGGAUGUAAACCAGUGUAGCUCCAAAGUCAAUAGCAGCCCUCCCAUUAACUUCAGGGGGAACUGUUUGGCACUUUAUGGCCAAGAUUUUCAAAAAUAGCUAUUUAAAGUUAGACUCCUUUGGGCCAGAUUUUAAAGGUAUUUAGGUUUCUAACUCCUAUGGAAGUGUGGCACCUAAAUACCUUUAAAAAUCUGGCCCAUAGUGCAUAUUUGGGUAUCAAAAUAAGUGUCUUGAUUUUCAUAGGUGUUGAACCAACCAUAGUUCCCGUUGACUUCAUUCAGUGAUGUCAGGUGCUUGGCCUUCCUGAAAAUCAGGACACUUAUUUAGGAGACGAAAAAUAUGGAUUUAGGUGCCUAAUUCAAGGCAUUCAGGUUGGAAUAUUUUGACCCUAGUCCUCACUGUCCAGUAGAUUUUAUGGCUUCCAUAACAGGAAAUCAAUAGGUCAUAUGACUUUUGUUGUGGCACAAAAAUUUUCACGUGACAAAGAGAGAAGGUCAUUGCUAAAAGUCCUGGAGCUUCACAUAUUACAAUAAACCAUUCAGUUUAGAAAGAAAAACAAUGCAUGGCUCCCUGACUAAGGGACAGGUGCCUUUCCUCCGGUGGCCUAGUCACUGAUGAAGACCUCUCACUCUCAGAUUUCUGGCACACCAAAUCCAGCAGGAGCCAACAGAAGGGUCCACUGCUGUUGACCUGCAAGGUCUCUGGUGAGCAGUCCCCCAGAUCCAACUGGCUUGGUGUUCUCAGGGCCCCAAUGGCAGGUUCAGUGUCAAAUACCAUUAACCGAAAACGUUUAGAACAAAGCAAAGAAGGGAGGAGAGCCGUUCUGGGAAUAGUAUGUCUCCAUCACUCUUCUCUGUUGGUCGACCACUACCAAAUUAUACAGACGCAUCUGAUCCUUUUAUGUCAUUGUAGAGCUACCUUUGAUCUCCACUGGAAAGCAUACUGUGGUCUUUAGUCUUCCUGAGGUAUUUAAUUUGUUAGCUUGGUUCAAAGAAAUAACAAGCAUUCAAAUAAAGGUUCUGACAGUAUUAGUUCUUGUUA